GGUCUCUACAGUGAUAAGCAGUAGUCGCAUCGUUAAGUUGUUUAUUGAUGGAGUCCAUCAACGACACCAAGGGUCAUCGAUUGUAAAAAAAAAGAGGAGGAUAUUUCUGCUACAAAUACGAAUAUCAAGAUGUGGACUGUGCAGGCACUAAUAAUUGCAGCCCAACUGUUUGUGAUUUUCUGUGCAGAAUCAGAAUCAUCCUCACCAUCCUCUAAUAUCACUAUCAAUGAAGUCAAACAAGGAGAUUUUGAACACUUUUUUGGGGAAAACACGACCGAUUCAGAGCCAGAUUGUUUUGGAUUAGCCAAAACGAUUUUGAGGUUUUUUAAGCCAGACAAUCGACACGACAUCAGCACACGAUUUUUCUUAUCCACAAGAGAUGCGAAAGACAGGAGCGAGAUUCACGUUCGGCCGAGAGUAAAUUUGGGACCAAUUUUUAACGCGACAAAGAAGAUUGUCAUCAUUUGCCAUGGGUACAAAAGUACUGCCGACAAUUCCUGGGUCCGAAAUAUGGAAAAGGCGCUUUUAUACAAGGAGGAUGUGAACGUGAUUGCUGUUGACUGGCGGCGAGGCGCCGACAAGUGGAACUACAUCCAGGCUGCGUCAAACACCAAAGUGGUCGGCGCCGAACUCUCAAGUUUAGUUGAGUACAUGAUCACAAAAGUGAACAUUUCGGCAAAGAAUUUCCACUUGAUUGGACACAGCUUGGGGGCGCACGUAGUCUCUUAUGUUUCCUCGCACAUUACGGGAAAAGUGAAGAGAAUUACAGGGCUGGACCCUGCAAAUCCUUGCUUCUCACCAAAAGAGUUGGGCCUGAAACUGGACAAAGGAGAUGCUGACUUUGUCGACGUCAUCCACACCAAUGGCAGGUACACAAGAUUCGGCCUGGGACUGCAAUUCCCGCUAGGCCAUGUCGAUUAUUAUCCAAACGGAGGCACCGAACAGCCUGGUUGCAGAAUUCCGCACUACUCAUCUCUGUGGAAAAAAAUGCGCGCUAUCGGACUGGACGUUGCUGAGAAAGUUUGGAAUAGAGUGAAGGCGCCCAUUUGCAGCCACAGCAAAGCUGCUAAAUAUUUUACCGAAGCCAUUUAUGGCAGGUGCAUAUUUUGGGGACACAAAUGGGAUAUCUAUAGCCCAAGAGCACCAACUAAUUUGACUUGCGACGAGGAGAAUUGCGCAAGGAUGGGCAUGGAAAGUGACAAGUACAAGGGCAAAGGACACACUUUUUACGUGUUUAUAAGGGAUAAAGAACCGUUUUGUGUUAGAGAGCCAGAAAACGAUGUGAGGAUGGGCUAUCCAACUCUAAUUACAGCUUCCGAUCACUCUCCAUUCGCCGACCGAAAUUCUGCAAACGAAAUGCUGCUCGACAGUGACGUUUUCUUCUUCGGCGUAAUCAUUUUGAUUUACAACGUGUUUGAUUCGCCACUUCCCUUCGUCGCAGCCACGCUGUUCUUCAUCGUGAUGGACGUGAUGCGGUGGCACAACUGGAAGAUUGGCUCCUUCGCCUCAAAUAGCAGACAAAGCUCUCUGGAGCACAGUGAGCCGGUUAAUAAUAAAUGAACCACUUAAUUAUAAUUAUAUUAAUUUUAAAUCGUUUUUAAAAAUCCCUAAAUAU